GUAUGAUUGUGGUAAAGAUCAUUAACUGAUCUGUCGAAAUAAUGAUUAUUGCCGAAAAACGCGUCGCGCCCUUGGAGACUUGUGCGGAUAAGCAAAAAGUGACUGUUGAAUCUGUAGAUUGACAAGAAUUCUAACCACCAUGUUUAGACUUACUCAUCGAAGUUCAAAACCCCAGUGGCUAACUGUUACAAAUAAGCCUUCCCUUUUUAGCUCUCUGAGAUCUGCUUUUCUGAGUAAAUUUGGAAGUGCAAGCAACUCUGACAACAGUACUAGACAGGAACAGCCACGAUCAAAGAGUGCUAACACCUCAGAACAGCAAAGGAAGCAGCUACCAGUAGUGAGCCAAAUGGAGUCUAUGUCUGUCGAUUUCGACUCUGACUUCGGAGAUGACAUUAGUGUGAUCAGCCUUGGAGAGGGCCCUCAACUGAGAAUAGAUGGAAGUGGAAUUAACACCACACCUCCAAAUAAUAUUUGUGACAAUCUAUCAAAACCAACCACUACUGCCGGUACUGCUUCACCAAACAAGAGCAUGAAGACACUAUCUCCCAUUGAGCCAGUCUACCAUAAGAAAGCCAUGUCUAAACUAAACAAAUUGCUGGAAAAUGGAAACGUUGCUGAUGGUGAAAUCCCAAACACUGGCUUAGAGAAGGAGAGAGAAGCAAGGAAAGAUGACAGUACCAAAUCGUCACCCCAAGCCACGCCACACAUAGCUGAGAUAGAUGAGCUACGCAAGAGAAUCAGUGAAAUGGAACUAACAAUAAAUUCAAAGAACAAACAAAUUUCACAGCUAAUCAAAAAUGAAGACUCGAACGCUGCGAAACAAAAAUUGGUCAAGAGUUUCAAGUCGACUGACAGAAAGCUAAAAAAGAUGAAGAGUGAAGUGCUGAUACUUGAGCAUAAAGUGGCUGAAAAGCCAGCUAUUCAAUUGAGUGGCUCAACAAAGUCUGAUGGCAGAGCUGUUAGUGACACAAAUACUGCCCUGACGGUGAUCACUAGAGCUGACCAAGUACCAAUAAUCUUUGUUAAACCUGCAACAGGAUCAAGAGUAAUCUCAUUCACACCGCAGCCCACCGAAACGGCUAGUGUUGCCAUAUCUCCUCGUCGUCCAACCCCAGCUGUUCGAAGGUUCUCGUUGGCCCCUGACAAAACCACCAUUACACCAGGAGAGCGUAUGAUGAAAGAAAGACUGAAGAUUGAGCGUGAGUUGACGUUUGGCAACAGGCAACAAGCUGCUUACCCAUCUAGCUUCAGUGCGACAGAAAAUAUCCGAGGACAAAAUCCCUACAAGUGCAAAAACUUCGACAGAUAUUACAGGACAAGGAACAUUGUUAAUUCUCAGCACAACGGUUUCAAGAAAACAAAGAAAUUUGAACAGCUGAACAAUACCGAGUUUUGUACGACAUCCUCUACGAAACUGUCUGCGGGAUCAAGAGUACUCCACGCGAGAUACUGUGAGAAAGUGGAAUCUGCUGAUAGUGAUUUGCAGUAGUCAGGCAGAAGAGAGAAAUGACUAUAAAUUACUCCUUUUUAUAGUCAAUCUUUUUCUUAGCCUUGAUUGAAUAUUAUUCGUGCAGUGUACCGUAUAGAGGGUUUAAAUUAACGUUCA